UAUUCAUCCUCUAUGCAACUUCUUAUGUCUCGUCCAACGUAGUGAUUAUAUGCUCUUUGGUCUCGUCAAUAGACGGGCUCUCCGGCAUUACUUUUUUAUUUGACUGUCAACGUGCUCUUGGCUAAAGAUCUAGCACAAAUCAAAAUUUACUAUAAUAAAUUUAUGCAAAAUGGCGCAAACCCCACCACCACCUUCACAUCCACCUUCUAAUAUUCAAAAACCACGAAAGCCCCGGAAACCGUAUGAAGAAAUCGGGGCCAUAUUUAACGGAAACGAAGUAAAGAUCCGAGUUCCUAAGAGCACGUCGAAGUCUCCGAAGCUGACGCCGUCGCAGCUCAAGCUGCAGCAGCUGUGCACGUGCGACGACGACGAGUCCGUGUGCUCUGAGACCUGCGGCGCCGGCGCUGCGGGCGACGACAACCAGCUGUUCUUCCAGAUACCGGACGACAUUUGCGAGGCCACGUCGAACCGGAACGCCAACAACUCUGAGCUCGUGUACAGCAAGCAGGAGCGGCACAAGUCCCUGUGCAACACCUGCAACGUCACCCCCCCGGAUGCACCCAAGGGCGUCAAGGCCCACAAGGUGCUGCACCCCAAUAAGGAUGUGUUCGUGUUGAAAAUCGGCAAGCAGACUGAUGAGCCCAACCGAACUGGUAAUAUCGAGGUGGAACUGGUGACGCCGCGUGCGCCUGCUCGGCCCAAGCCCCCCACGCACGCAUGCAAGGACAUCCAGUGCGAGGGGCCCGAGGUCAACUGCUGCAUGCCCUGCAAGCAGUGCCGCCCGUGCCGGAAGCGGAGGCGACUCCCGCCCUGUUGCAUGUGACCUGCACCCUGACGUAGGUAACAGCCCAAACAACUGAAACUUAUUUCAAGUGACCUGAUCAAAAAAUAUAUUUAAUUAUUAUGCAUACUAAAACGCGCCAAAUAAAAACAUUUUACUUCUUUA